AUGCCGAUGAAACAACUGAAAACGGAUGAGUUCUUGACAGAAAACGAGAAACAAGAUCUGGAGAAUGGAAAGGAGUUUGAGGUGGGAUUAUUGGGGCCAACAUUGAGAUUGCAUCAGAAACCAAUGGUGAUGAAGAUGUGGCGAUUGAAAAGCACAGGCAGACGCAGUUAUGUGUUGAAGACGAACUGGAAUGAGUUUGUGAAAGAGAACGAGAAGGAAAUGAAGCGACAUUCAAAGAUUCAGAUGGCGACAAACAGGUUUAAAAUUUCCGGUGAUCUUGGAUCAGAAACUGUUCGUUUUUCCAUUCUUGAUUUUGAUUCUUCAUCUAGUGAUUUGAAUUCGAGCAAGUUUAAUGUUUUGGGUGAGAUCUGGAAACGAAAUCGUUUUCUUCAUCCUCGAUUUCGUCUUUCUCAAUGGGUAUGGAAGUUUCCGGCGACUUGA